CCUUGGAGAUCCUUUGUUAGAGCUAGGUUACUGCCUGGUUUCUGGACCCAACUGUUUUCAUUCUAGAGGCUUCCCGACAGCCACUGUUGGUUUACCUGAAGCUCAGAUGAUGGCAUCAGACAGAACCUCUCCAUUACCAGGACCAGAUAUGGCCAUGAACCCUGGUGCUGGCCUGCCCCCUUUCACUUCCAUUCCCUUUGCCCCACCGACUCCCGUGCCACCAGACCCACCCCUCUGGGAGCCAUCACCACAGCCCCCCAUACCUCCUGCAUUCUCUCCAGGCAGUCCUCUGCUCCUUUCUGCUUUCCCCAGCCCAUUGUUAAUGACAGGAGAAGGAGGCUCUGGCCCUAGUGUGGCUGGAACUGGCCAGGUCAUUGUCAAAGUCAAGACAGAAGUGGGGCCAGCUGAGCCCUCUCAAAGUCAGAACCUUAUAGUGACCCAGACAGCCCUGAACUGGAUUACCUCAGGGGCUCCCUGUGGGGGCCAGGAGGGGCCUCCUCCUUAUGUGACAAGCUCUAAUAUGAAGACCACUGUGCCUACUGUGGCUGUGGGAGUGAGCCAGGAGGGCCCUGCAGGUCUUCCUCUGCAGGCUCUACCACCAACUGCCCAACUGGCUCCCAUUGUGCCCCUGGAAAAGUCUUGGCCAGGAACACAAGCUGCAACCAUGGAAGGAGGUCCAGUGGCUGCCCGGAAGCCCUCACAAGGUGACCUUGCCUAUGCUUCCAAGGGUGUUUAUGAGAACUAUCGUCGCUGGCAGCGCUACAAAGUCUUGGCCCGGACUCACCUAUCCCACAGUCCUGAUGCAGAAGCUCUUUCCUGCUUUCUUAUUCCAGUGCUUCGUUCCCUGGCCCGACUGAAGCCUACAAUGACCCUGGAGGAGGGGCUGCCGAGGGCUCUGCAGGAGUGGGAGCGUACCAGCAACUUUGACCGGAUGAUCUUUUAUGAGAUGGCAGAGAAGUUCAUGGAGUUUGAGGCGGAGGAGGAGAUGCAGAUACAGAACACACAGAUGAUGAAUGGUUCCCCGGGGCUGUCCCCUGUAACCCCUUUGAAACUUGAUCCAGGACCUCUGGCCCCUGAGGCUUGCCAGCAGCCAGUGUACAUCCCCAAGAAGGCAGCCUCUAAAACACGGGCUCCCCGCCGGCGGCAGCGCAAACCCCAGAGGGCUCUGGUUCCUGAGGCACCCAAAGAGAUCCCACCAGAAGCUGUGCGAGAAUACAUUGACAUCAUGGAUGGUCUGAUGGGGAGUCACUUGGACACUAGGAAGACAGAGGAGGAAGAGGGGCAGCUGGAGGAUGCAGGGAUGUAUCCAGAUCCAAGUCUUCUGAGCUACAUUGAUGAACUAUGUUCUCAGAAAGUCUUUGUCUCCAAGGUGGAGGCGGUCAUUCACCCUCAAUUUCUGGCAGACCUGCUGUCACCAGAGGAGCAGAGAGAUCCUUUGGCUUUAAUUGAAGAAUUAGAGCAAGAAGAAGGACUUACUCUUGCCCAGCUGGUCCAGAAACGACUCCUGGCCUUGGAGGAGGAAGAUGCACAGGCACCUCCAAGUUGCAGCGGAGCUCAGUCAGACUCAAGUCCUUCUGUUUCUGAUGAAGAUGAAGAUGGGGGUCGGAGGCCUCGGCCCUCACCUGGGCUUCUGGGGGCUGUGGGCACUGUUCACAAUGGAAAAUCUGCUUCUCCAGGCAAGCAGGCAAGAGAAAUGUAUGGUGGGCAGGAACAAGCCCUAGGUGGUGGUCCAAGGGGGAUUCUCAGGGAUGGAAACACUCUGCCAUCCUCUAGCAGCUGGGACCUGCAGCUAGAACUUGCAGCUUCACAGGGAAUGCAAGUACCCUUAGGUGUGGAGAGAAAAGGGUCUGGGAAGGUUAUAAAACAUCUAUCUGCACAUAAUGAUGGCCACCUGGGAGGUACUGGGUCCUCAGGGCACUACCCAGUGGCACAUAGAGAUUCAGAGUCUUUACUUUUUUGUUGGCAAGAAGGUCCCCAGGCCAUAAGAGCUUCUAAUUUGGAUGUUGGACUUACAGAGCCAGUUCCUCUCCAAGGACUUGGAUUAGAUAACCAGGCCUUGGGGUUGCAGAUAGGACAACAGAUACGGGGAGUAGGGGUGCUUACUCAAGGGAAAGAACCUUCAGCAGUGUCCCAGGAAGGCUCUUCAAGGGCCAUGUGGAGAGAUGACAGAGGUCCUGCCAUGGUUCAGAGUUUUGAUCAGAACCAUUCCCCUGGAAUAGUUGGCAACCUGGACAGGGUUUCUCUCAGCCUUGAUCAGAACCAUUCCCCUGGAAUAGUUGGCAACCUGGACAGGGUUUCUCUCAGCCCAGAACUGUGGCUGAGCAGUGAUAUGGACGCUGUAUGCAUAGAGUUUCCCUUACAAAUCGAAAGGGUCAUGGGAAGCACACAAGAUGAGGUGUGUAUAAGGACGGACCAGGCACUGAGUUCCAGAAACAGUGUUUCCCCAAGUCCUAGAAAAACCACAGUGCCAGAGGAUGUGGGGAACACUGUGGUUCCCUGUGGAGGCACAGAUGUGACAGCUGUCCUAGAAAAGAGAAACUCCUGUAGUUUGCCAGGAUCUUUGAUGGCCCUGGGGUCCAAAGAAAAUCAAGAGCUCAGCCCUGAGACUAUACAGGAUCCCAGUGACCUGUGGGCUGAGGGUUGCUCCCCACUGCUAGAAACAUUUGACACCUCCACACUGGGGUCUCCCAAAGAUACCCUGAUCCCCACAGGCCAAGACAAUCUCCUUAUUCUUGGGACCCAGGAUAGCCUCUCUUUUCCCCAGGUUAGGCAAGAGGCAGAGAGCAGAGGUAAUCUACUCUUUCCUCUGUUGGAAAACAUAGAACAUGUUAACAUACUAGACAUUAGAAAUGACAGUGGCCCCCAACCAGGGGUCAGCAAGGAUUCCUGCUCACCAAAUUUUAAUUCUUAUAACCUGCAAGGAGAGGGCAGAGAAGAUACUGUUUCCUCCAAACCUAUUGACCUUGUUCUUUUACAAGGCAACCAAGGAUCUUACCCACUCGAGACCAGCAAAUCAACAUCUGGCCAGGGCCUGAGAAGUACUUCCCCUAGAGGGGGAGUCAGAGGCACUUUAGUACUGAGAGAAAUCUCGACUAGAGAAACACGAUACUCAGCAGAUAGUGCCAGAGCAAAUGAGAAAGAGGAGGAAGAGGAUGAAGAACUCUCUAACUUUGCUUAUCUUUUGGCUUCAAAACUUAGCCUCUCUUCAGGAGGGCUUCCCUUCAGUACUCAUCAGGCCUCUGGAGGUCAGGGCAUCCAGAAAACAUCUCACCCCUCUGCUGAAAUAGAUGACCUUAGCCAACCUUCUCCCCUUCCACACACAUCUGGGAAGCAAGUCCUACUUAGGAGUCCAGCUACUGCUGUAGAGAGACCCCAGCCUGGGAGUUCUGGGAAAAAACCUCUUGCUCUAGGAAUAAUGCAGCUCCCUCAGCCUCGUAAAAGGCGGCGUGACGGUUUUGUCACGAGCAAAAGGAAGAAACGACGUCGUAGCCAGUAGAAGCAGAGGGCUAUCCUGCUCCACCUAGCAGCACCCAAAGUGGGG